CCCGUGGCAGCCAUGAAGGGGACCCCUGGCUCCCUGGAAGCCCUGCUGUGGGUCUACCACUUCCACAGUUCCACGGAGGUGGCCCUCCAGCCCCCGCUUCUGUCGUCGCUGGAGGUCGCUGUGGCCGCGGCCCACGAGUAUCUGGAGCAGAGGUUCGCAGAGCUGCAGUCGCGGGGGCCGCCCGCUCCGAAACCCACCCUGGGGCUGCUGCUAAGAGAAGCCGCGGCCAGCGCCGUGAACUUGUGCACCACCUUGCUAGAGGUAAGGCGCUGGGGGCUGAGGAGGGGCGGAGACGGGGGACAGGGACCCCCGCCCCCCAAUGCAGAUCUCAGCCCUGUGGCUGCAGCAGGAGGUGCGGAGACUCGGCGGAGACGCCCCGAGCCAGAGGCGGCGCGGUGGGGGAGACACGGAGCCGCCUCCCCGCCUCCCCUCCUCCCCCGGCAACAGAGACACUCAGAAGACCUCAAGGUGGCGUCCAGCGGCGGUGCGGAGGAUGGGGGGCCAGAGAACCCACAGUCGUCCCAGACCCACCCUGUGUUCAAAUAAAGCCCAGGCGGAGACUAGGCCGCCAAGGCGGCUCCCAGAGUCAUUUGGGUUUGGCCCCGCCCCCUCCGGCCCAACCCCCUUAGCCCCG